AUGCGUAUCCAAUCUUUCGUCCUUUUGGCCGGUGCCACUGCCGCUAUCGCUGCCGAGACAGUCUCUCUUUUCCUAAUUGGCAUCGAUGAGCAACCACUUGAGGGCAAGGUUAUUGGCACUACCGGUUCUAUGACCAAAUAUCUCAUCAAGUGUGCUGCUGGUGUUGACUCCACCGAAUGCGGCCUUCCCCCUAAUGGCAUAACCGUGGCCCAAGGCUCUUCAACCGUCAGCCUAGCAUACAGCACGGGACGUAUGUCUAUCGCUGAGAACUGUAAGUAUGAUUCCGUAAGCGUGACCUGCGCCGCAAGCCUCGACGAGGAAGGCAUAACCACUACCUUCACCUCCGCCGUCGCCCUCACUGAAAUCCCCGGUGGCGGCGCUUUGAUGCCUGUCACUAUCACCGGAACUGGAACGGAGAAGGCUGCCGCCACUACUGGUGCCUCCGUAUCGGCUUCUACCGCUGCCUCGACUAGCGGCGCUACUUUGACUACCUCCGCUUCGACUACCGGUGGUACUAGCACUGGUACUAGCACUAGCGAGUCCUCGGAUAGCAGUAGUGCUGCUGCCACUAGCCAGACUGAAUCUGGUAACGCUGCUAUGCCUAUGAUUACUGGAAACGCGCGCUGGGCUGCCGGUGGUGUUGCAGCUGCAUUGGCUCUUGCCGCUCUUUGA